AACUGUUCUGUCAGCGUGUUUUAAAACGAGUUUAAUAUUUCAACUUGUGUGACGGUGUUUUUCUAUAUUAAAAAAAAGAAAACUAAAUUUAAAGUUCAUUUUUAUCGUUAAUUAAUUAUAAUUCCAGCGAAAGAAGUAUCAACACAGUGGAAUUAGACAUGGCUGAUGAGUUGAAGAAAAAGGGAAAUGCAGCUGUGCAAAGUAAAAAUUACAAAGAAGCAAUUGGCCAUUACACAGAGGCCAUCAAGAUUGACCCCAAGAACCAUGUCUUGUUUAGUAAUAGAUCAGCAGCUUACUCCAGUGAUGAGCAAUACAGUGAAGCUUUGCAAGAUGCUGAAAAAGUUAUUGAAAUCCGACCAGACUGGGGAAAGGGUUAUUCAAGGAAGGGGUCAGCUCUUGCCUUCUUGAAAAGAUACGAGGAAGCAAAGAUGGCUUAUGAAGAAGGUUUGAAAUAUGAUUCACAGAACGAGCAAUUGAAGAAGGGAGUGGAACAAUGUGAGAAGGAGCUCACAGGCCCUGCUGGAAGUCAGCCUCUCCCAAAUCCAUUUUCCAAUCUCCAAGCAAUUAGGAAUAAACUACAGAAUGAUCCAAGAACAAAAGACUUUUUCAACGACCCAACUUAUGAGGAUAUGCUCAAAGAACUAAAUAACAACCCACAAUCACUGGCCACGAGAAUUGGAGACCCACGAAUUCAAAGCACCUUAAGUGUUCUGCUUGGGUUUGACUUAACCAUGGCUAAUGGAGAUGCACCAAUGGAUGUAGAUCCAAUGCCUAAGCCUGCAGAAGCUAAGCCAGCCACCCCGCCCCCUGAAGAAUCAAAACCAGCAAAUGUGGAUGAGGCACUUAAGGAGAAGGACCUAGGAAAUGCAGCAUACAAGAAGAAGGACUUCCAAACUGCAUUGGAGCAUUAUGAUAAAGCAUUUACCCUUGACCCUCUUAACAUAACCUUUCUCACCAACAAAGCUGCUGUUUACUUUGAAAUGAAUGAGUUUGAGAAAUGUCGGGAGGCUUGCCACAAAGCUAUUGAGAUCGGACGAGAAAAUCACAUCGAUUAUAAACUUGUUGCAAAAGCUUUUACUCGCAUUGGGAACUCCUAUGUUAAAGAGAAAGAUUACACGAGCGCUGUCCAAUUUUACAACAAGGCACUCACCGAGCACCGAACCAAGGACGUCCUAGCCAAGCUCCAGCAAUGCGAGAAAGCCAUAGCAGAGCAGGAAAGACUUGCGUAUAUCAAUCCAGAGUUAUCACUCGAGGAAAAACAGAAAGGGAACGAGUUUUACAAAGAGGGUAAAUUUCCUGAAGCGUUGAAACGUUAUUCAGAAGCCAUUAAGCGUGACCCAGAAAACGCAACAUUAUAUUCGAACCGUGCGGCGUGUUACAUGAAGUUACUUGAGUUCCAACUUGCUUUGAAAGAUUGUGACGAAUGCAUCAAAAAAGACCCAAGUUUCAUCAAAGGCCACAUUCGCAAGGGAGGAGCACUUGAAGCCAUGAAAGAAUUCUCCCGUGCACUGGAUGCUUACCAGAAGGCAAUGGACAUUGAUCCCAACAAUGCUGAAGCAUCAGAUGGCUGCAGGCGUUGCUUACACAGCGACUACCAGAACCGCAACGAUCCUAAAGAAGUUCAGAAGCGAGUUCAAAAUGAUCCGGAAGUUGGAAGAAUAAUGAGCGAUCCUGCCAUGAAGAUGAUACUGGAGCAAAUUCAAAGGGAUCCAAAGGCUUUGCAAGAGCAUUUAAAAAAUCCACAAGUCGCGAAAAAUAUUCAGAAACUGCUUGAUGUUGGAAUUUUGUCCAUUCGUUGAUAGAAACCAAACGAUGUACAGACUUAACAUAAACUGAUAAACUAUCUGUUGUGAACAACCCAAUCGCCAAGGAAAAAAUGUAAUUUAAAGUGAUUCGUUCAAGCCGUUUCAUUCAACUUCAUAUCUCGGCUUUAUAGAGCCGUAAAAAAGCCGCGCGAAUUCGCCCGGUGUUAACAUAUGUGUAACAAUAAAAUUCUGCUGCAUUCAUAAAA